AUGUGGGAGGUAAACUUGCAGAGGACGACUGAAGGAAGUAGAGAAGAAGCUGGUGACCGAAUUGUAGCUGACUAUGGGCGUGAUGUUAUUGUGUUCAAAAUACUUAAUCAUCUUCCCACAGAGGAAGCUGUGAAGACAAGUGUUUUAUCUACCACAUGGAGGACUCUCUGGCUUUUGGUUCCUCGUUUGAAACUGGACUUUAAGAAAUUCCCAAGUUUCAAUGCCUUUUUGAGGUUUGGUAACUGGUUUUUCGAUUCCGAUAGGGUUACAUGCAUAGAGAAACUCAGGUUAUAUAUAGAUGGCAAUGAUGCAUCAUCCUAUCUCACAUCAUGGAUCGGUGCCUCGGUUAAGCGUAAGGUUCAGCGUCUUUUGGUUGAUCACGUUACUCGAGAUGCUUAUUCUCAUCAUUCUCAUGAGAUGCCACUUAGUCUCUAUGUUUGUGAGUCACUGGUGUGUCUAAGGCUCUAUAGGCUGAAUUUGGCUGCUCCUGAGCUUGUUUCUUUACCUUGUCUAAAGAUCCUCCGUUUAAGAGAUGUUGUGUUUACCAAUGAGACCACUUAUGAGAGACUUGUCUCGUCCUGCCCUGUGCUGGAAUACUUAAAGGUUGACGUUGUAUGGAAUGAUGAAAACGUAUAUCGGGUUCAUUCUCGGUCACUGAAGAGGUUCCGUUUAACACGACGACCUUCUUCUCUCUGGGAUCUCCGGAUUGAGUAUUGUGAUCCAGGAGUUGUGAUUGAUGCUCCUCUGCUGUGCUCUUUGAGAAUCUUUGAUACCAUAUCAGAAAGCUAUACAUUUAGCGAUCUGGAGAGUCCAAUGACAAGUUUGAUUUAUCGAUCCUUUGUGGUACGGGCCAAGCAAAGACAAAAGUCAUCCACAAGUGUCUCAACACUCAACGCACCAGGUAUUGAAGAUCUUUUAAUCUUUCUUAGGAGUUGCCCGAAUCUGAAAUCCCUCAUCUUAGUGAAGGGACGUAUUGGUUGUUACAAUCCUCUGUGUCCCAAGAGGGAGAUGGAACGACUUAGCAUUGCACCUGUGCCAGAGUGUUUGCUAUCGUCGCUCGAGUUUGUUGAACUCAAAUCCCCAAUUUGUGGACUUUCUCCAGAGACAAAGCUAGUAUGGUACUUGCUAGAGAACUCUGCAACCCUCAAGAAACUCACUCUACGUUUGAACUCUAGUAGUUCAACAAAAGAUGACUUAGUCAAGAUCCCAAGGGUUUCUACCGAAUGUGAAGUCGUCUUUCUUUAAUGGGUAGAGAGAGCCGAGAGAGAGAGAGAGAGAAUAUAAUUGAGGUUUUAUGUAAAAGACGAAGUGGAUAUGCAUUUGUAGUUUCAUACUUAUAUGGUUUGGUUUUAGGGAAAAUGACACCCACACCCACUUUGGGUGUGAGUUGUGUCACCCACACUCACUUUCCACUCUCCUUAUACUAUCCCAAGUUUUUUGCUUAUGUGUCCACAUA